AUGGUUGAAACUGUCGUAAGUGUUGUUGUCGAAGUUGGCAAGUGGUUAGCUGCUCCGAUUGGGCGUCAAUUUAUGUACUUGUACAACUAUAAGAGCAACUUUGACGAUCUCAAAAAUGAAGUUGAGAAGCUUAAGGAAGCAGAAGAGGAGGUGACGGAUAGGGUUGUUGCGGCUGAAAGAAAUGUGGAAAAGAUCAAAUAUAGGGUUAAGGAGUGGCAGAAGAACGUCGAUUCCAUCAUUGUUCAAGCAGACAAUUUGAUUGCAGAGAAAGAGAACGACCGUUGUUUCAAGGGAUUUUGUCCUAACUUGAUCACCCGCUACAAAUAUGGUAAGAAAGCAUUCAAAAUGAAGGAGGAUAAUAUAUUUCCACUCCUGCAGCAACAAAAAGACUUUGAUAAGGUUUCCAAUCCCACUAUUCUGGACGACGUGCGGCUUAAACCUGACAAAAAUUACACUGAAAUGGCAUCAAGAAAUUCUAUUUUGAGUGAUAUAGUGAACGCGUUAAAUGAUGCUAAUGUAAACAUGAUUGGGAUCUAUGGAAUGGGUGGCAUCGGCAAGACGACGAUAGCGAAGGAAGUUGCUAUAAGAGUCAAGAAGUUCUUUGAUGUGGUUGUUUUCGUCGAGGUAACUGAGGCUCCUGACGUAAAGAAGAUUCAAACAGAAAUGGCAGAUCAGUUACGUCUGCAGUUCAAUAACGAAACUGAAAAAAUAAGUAAAUUGUAUGAACGGUUGAAGAAGAAAGAGGAGAAGAACGACGGGAAGAUUCUUAUCAUUUUAGAUAAUCUGUGGGAUGAUAAUUUUGAUUUGAAGAGUAUAGGGAUUCCUGAUCAAUCUGAUGACAGGGGAUGUAAAUUAUUGGUGACAGCAAGAUACCAACAUGUAUUGAAGAAUAUGGGUGACCCUAAACCUUUCCCGAUUGGCAAUUUAAGUGAAGAAGAGAGUUGGAGGUUGUUUAAGAAUAUGGCAGGUGAUUUCAUUGAAAAACAUGAGUUUAAAUCUCUGGCAGAAAACAUAUGCAGCAUAUGUAAAGGUUUGCCCAUUGCCAUUGUUACUAUAGCAAGAGCAUUGAGGCACAAGAACCAACCAUCUCAAUGGAAAACGGCCUUGCGAACAUUGAAAAGGUCUUCCCCAGAAAACAUCACAGGAGAGAUGAAAGAGGCAUAUGCGACUAUAGACUUGAGUUACAAGUAUUUAAAAGACUUGGUCAAAUAUGUUGUGGGCUUGGAUAUAUUCCAAGACAUUUAUACAAUAGAAGAAGCGCGAGAUAAAGUGUCUGAUUUGAUCUAUGACCUCAAAGACUCAUGUUUAUUGUUUACUGGUCACACCAACGAAUCAUUUUCUAUGCAUGAUUUUGUUCGGGAAGUUGCUUUGUCCAUUGCAAAUCGAGACGACCAUGUAUUUUCUGUGAGAAAUGAGAUUACAUGGUCAUGGCCUCCUCAAAAUUGUCUAAAAAUUUGCAAAAAGAUCUUUGUAUGUGAUAGUUCUAUUAGUGAGUUGCACAAUGGAUUGGAUUGUCCGGAGCUUGAAUCUUUCUUCAUGAGCACCAAGAUUGGUGAUUCUCAUGUUGAAAUCCCUGAGAAUUUUUUCACAAAGAUGACAAAACUCAAAGUUCUAGAUUUGGUUAGAGUGCAAUUUUUCUCUUUGCAGUCAUCACUUCAAUUCCUAGUAAACCUUCAAACAUUGUGUUUGGAUUAUUGUAAACUUGAAGAUGUAGCCAUCAUUGGAGUGCUAAACGAAUUAAAAAUUCUUAGUUUACGAGGUUCAAAUGUUGAGCAUUUGCCAAAAGAAAUUGGUCGAUUGACUCAAUUAAGGCUGUUAGAUUUAAGCCAUUGUCGAAAACUAAAUUUUAUAGCACCAAAUGUUCUAUCAAGCUUAGUCAAAUUGGAAGAAUUGUAUAUGAAUGGAUGCUCUGUUGUAUGGGAGGCUGAAGCAAGCAAUGUUGAAAGAAGUAAUGCUAGCCUUGGAGAGUUGAAGUAUCUGUCUCAUCUGACCACUUUAGAAUUACAUAUUAAAGAUGAAAAGAUGAUUCCUAAAGGUUUGUUCACCACCCAAAAGCUUGAGAGAUACGAAAUAUCAAUAGGAGAUGGGUCUUCUACAUUUGGUAGGUCGCACAUAGAACGUGAUGAUGGGCGGUUCAUGCGUAUUCUGAGCUUUAGUUUUGAUGAGCCUUGGACCUCUUCUAGAAUGUUGAAAUUGAAGCUUACUUCCAUCAUUUGGUCAGAGGAAUUGCAGGGCUUCAGGAAUGUUGAAUUCUUAUGCAUAGACAAACUAAAGCAAGGUAUAAAGAAUGUCCUUUAUGAAUUAGAUAAAGAGGGGUUUUCAAAAUUGAAACAUCUUCAUGUUCACAAUAAUCCUAACAUCUUGUGUCUUGUUGACUCAAUCAAGUGCGUACCUCAUGAUGCCUUUCCUGCUUUCCCCCUCUUGGAGUCAUUAAUUCUUUUCAAUUUGAUUGAGUUACGGAGGAUAUGUUAUGGUCAACCUAUAGUAGGGUCUUUCUGUAACUUAAAAAUCGUAGAAGUAAGAAGUUGUACUAAACUGGAAAAUAUCUUCUCAUUCUCCAAUUCUAGAAGCCUUCCACAACUUCAAAGAAUCAAUGUGUCAGAUUGCAAGAAUAUGAAAGCGGCUUUCAUUGUUGAAAGAGAAGAUGAUGUCAACAUUAACGAAGUAAUCUGUCAAUUACGGUUUUUGACUUUGAUGAAUCUUCCACGGAUUGCAAACUUCUACUUAGAAGUAAAGACACCAUCAACGUCGCAAUCAAGCCAGGAAUCGACAACUGAUUUGCAGUACAAUGAUGUCAAUUUGGCGCAUGAACUUGAUACUCCCUCACCACUUUUUAACGAAAAGGUUGUUUUCCCGAAUUUGGAGGCUUUAGAACUGCAAGAUCUCAAUUCGAAAGUGAUAUGGGAUAACAAACUUCCAACAAUGUCUUCUUGUUACCAGAGUUUGACACGGCUGAUCAUUGGGAACCUUGGAAAACUGAAAUAUGUAUUUCCAUCUUCUAUGGUAAAAAACUUUGAGCAGCUCCAACACCUUGAGAUAAGAAAUUGUAAGGAAUUAAAUGAGAUUAUUGCCAAAGAAGAAGGAGCAGAAGCAGCUGCUACAUUUAUGUUUCCAAAGAUAGAAUCCCUAUAUCUUAGAAACUUAUCAGAACUUACAACAUUCUAUUCUGGGAUACACACUUCAACAUGGCCUUUGUUAAAGAACUUGGUGGUGUCUGAUUGUCGCAAGCUACACAUAUUCACUUCAGAAUAUAAGGUUGUUUUCCCAAAUUUGGAAGAUGUCAGGCUGCAAGCAAUUAAUUCUCAAAUGAUAUGGGACAGUCAACUUCCGCCAAUGUCUGAUUGCUAUCAACAUUUGACACGCUUGAUCAUCAAGGACAUUGGAAAACUGAAAUAUGUAUUUCCAUCAUCUAUGGUUAAAAACUUUGAGCAGCUCCAGCACCUUGAGAUAAGCAAUUGUGACGAAUUAAAGGAGAUCAUUGCCAAAGAAGGAGGAGUAGAAGCACCUCCUACAUUUAUAUUUCCACGGGUAGAAUUCCUUCAAUUUGGAAACUUGCCAAAACUAACAACUUUUUACCCUGGAAUACACUCUUCAGAAUGGCCCAAGUUAAAGAAGUUGCAGGUGUAUAGUUGUGACAAACUACACAUAUUCACUUCACAAUUUAAGAUUGUUUUCUCCAAUUUGGAGGCCUUGGAUUUGCAUGGUAUUCAUACUGAAAUGAUCUGGGACCAUCUAAUUCGGAAUACGUCUUCCUGCUAUCAAAAUUUGACUCGCUUAAUCUUGGCAGGGUGUGCAAAACUAAUAUAUGUAUUUCCAUCUUCUGUGAUUAAAAGCUUUGAACGGUUGCGACACAUUGAAAUUAGUUCUUGUAAGGAAUUAAUAGAGAUAGUUACCAAAGAAGAAGGAGCAGAAGCAAUUGCUACUUUUACCUUUCCCCAGGUAACUUUUCUAAAGCUUAACGACUUACCAGAACUAAGAGGCUUAUGCCUUGGACAGCACACUUCAGAAUGGCCCAUGUUAAAGGAGCUAGAGGUGUACAAGUGUGACAAAUUACAAUUGUUGACGUCGGAUUAUGAGUUUAACGUUGAUUGGGAGGAAUUGCUAAUGAGAUCAGACAACAUGAUGACAUGGCAGUGUCUAUUUCCAGAACACUUCUCUUUCAAAGGUACAAUUGAGAUCAAAGGUGAUAAAUCAACAAAUUUUCUGCUCGACAUCCUUCAGAGAUCCAUUCAUAUCGAAAAGCUCAUAUUAAGUGAAAGUUUAUAUGAAGAAAUAUUCUCAUGUGGUGAGAAAGACAAACAUGCAGGGACAUUGAUGCAGAUAAAAAAUUUAAAGUUGAGUCAGCUUUCUAAAUUGAAGUGCACGUGGAAACAAGACUCCAAAUUGGACUUUAUUCUUCAAAAUCUUGGAGUUCUAGAAGUAACUGAUUGUGACAGACUGAUUAGUUUGCUGCCAUCCCAUGCAUCUUUCGCAAGCCUUACAGUUUUGAGAGUAGAUUGGUGUUGGGGACUGACAAACUUAUUUGUACCCUCAACAGCCAAAAGCCUGAUGCAAUUGAUGGAAAUGAAAAUAGAAAACUGCAAAUUGAUAACUGAAAUAAUCUCUAAGGAGGAUGAUGAAGAUUUAAGAGUAGAAGAUGAAAUUGUUUUCAACAAACUAAAGUUGUUGUCUCUUGAAAAUUUAGAAAGUCUCACAUGUUUCUGCUUUGGGUAUUACAAUUUUGAAUUGCCGGUUUUAGAAGAAUUAAUUGUGAAAAAAUGUCCCAAUAUGAAGACUUUCUCCGAAGCAGUUGUAAGUGCACCAAGUUUAAGGAAAGUAAAGUUUAUUCAGGAUAACAAUGAAGAAGGGUGUUGGCAGGGUGACCUUAAUACAACCAUACAACAUCUACGCAAAAUUAAGGUAAACUCUAAUUUUGAAAAAUUGGUGUUAAGUGGAAAGGAUCUCAUGCCUGUGUGGCAAGACCCAUUACCAGAACAUCAUCAGUUUUGCCAAGUUAAAGUUCUUGAAGUCAUUAGGGAUGAAUCAGCACACAUUCCAAUUGAAGUUCUUCAAAGAUUUAAGAAUCUCAAAAAACUCAUAUUGAAAGUAAGUUCAUAUCAAGAGAUAUUCUCAUGUGAAGAGGCUGAGAAACAUGUUGGAAUGCUCACACAGAUAAAAGAGUUAGAGCUUUGGGGACUCUUUGAUUUGAAGUACAUGUGGAAACAAGACUCUCAUUUGGACUCCAUUCUUCAAAAUCUUGAAAUGCUAGACGUAAAUUUUUGCCACAAUUUGAUUAAUCUAGCACCAUCGUCAGCGACUUUUGAAAAUCUAACAACUCUGGACGUAUGGCAGUGUCAUGGAUUGAUAAACUUAGUAUCAUCCUCAACAGCCAAAAGUCUGGUGGGACUUGAAACAAUGUCAAUUAGCCGAUGUGAAAUGAUGAUAGAAGUAGUAUCAAAUGAAGGAGAUAAAAAAAACGAUGAAAUUGUUUUUGAAAAUUUGAACUCUUUAACACUUCAUGACUUAGAAAGUCUCACAAGCUUCUGUUCUGGGAAUUACACCUUUAAAUUCCCAACUUUGGAAAAAUUAGUUAUGGAUAAAUGCCCUAAGAUGAAGACUUUUUCCGAAGGAGUAUUAAGCGUACCGAGUUUACAAAAAGUAAUGCAAGAUUGGGAUGACGAAGAAGGGUACUGGGAGGGUGAUCUUAAUACUACUAUACAGCAUCGACACAAAAAUCUGAAUAUUCAGAUUUCUGAAAAGGAUUCAGGUCAAACUUCAAUGAAAUCUCCGGAAUAA